AUUACGUUGAGCGCUAUGGAGGGUGAACUGGAAAUGCCCGUAUCUCGGACACUGUACCGUCAGUCGUCCAUUGAAAUGCGCGUGCAGCCAGCUUCUCCCACAGCUUCUGAAUACGAGGAUGAAGGUGAAGAUGACAAGCCGCAGCCGCCUCGUGUAAUAGACGUUACUCCUAAAAUUCCCCAAAACAAACAGUGUGAAACACAGGGUCAUACACAGCAAGUAGUGCAAGAUGAAAACGAAAAGUUCAAACUUAAGAAAAGCUCGGAUGAAACCACACCGACAGAAGUCAACAGUACGCAAGAACAAGCUCCAAGCAGUGAGACAGAAGAACCUGAUUAUGUCGUACUGGCAGUUAAAAGUGACGUGGAAGAGAAGCCUGAACAAAAGGAAGAUAAGGAGGCACCAGAACGAGGACAGAAAUCCGACGAGAAAGAAAAUUCAAAAUACAGAAACAGUCACUGCGAAUCAGUUGGGACACUGAAAGGUUUAUCAAGCAUGGCGUCCCCGAGGCCAAAGUCUCCUAGGCCAGCUGUGGCCACGCCAAAGAAAGAUGAGAAAGAAGAAUCUUUCUGGGAAAAGAUUGGCACGUUAGGAAGAAAGAAGCGCAUUAAAGAAGUGCAAGAGGUACAAGAAGAAGGAAAAUAUGCUAUUGACUCACCUGGAAAUCCUACAGCCCCUGAUUUACCACCAGAGGAAUAUGCACUAGAGGAAAAUGAGGAGCGGUCAAUGAUAGAGCCAAGAUCCUUUGAAGAUCCAAAGCUGAAAGAACUCAUUGCAGUGCUCAUUGAAUGGAUAAAUGAUGAACUGGCAGAUCAGAGGAUAAUAGUCAAAGAUAUUGAGGAAGAUUUAUAUGAUGGGCAGGUACUGCAGAAGCUAUUGGAGAAACUUAGUGGAGAAAAGUUAGAUGUGCCUGAAGUGACACAGUCAGAAGAGGGUCAGAAGCAGAAGUUAGGAAUUGUUCUAGCUGCUACCAACAGGGUAUUGGGACUUCCCCGUUGGUCACAACAAAAAUGGAGUGUUGAAAGUAUUCAUUCAAAGAAUAUUGUUGCAAUUUUACAUUUGCUUGUUGCUCUGGCCCGUCAUUUCAGAGCACCUGUUCGCUUACCUGAAAAUGUAGCUGUCCAUGUUGUUGUUGUACAGAAACUGGAUGGCUCACUGAGCCAUCGGACAGUAUUAGAAGAAAUAACAACUACCUAUGAUGACCUCGGGAUGCGCUGUGAGAGAGAUGCCUUCGAUACAUUAUUUGAUCAUGCACCGGACAAACUGCAAGUUGUAAAAAAGUCUUUGGUUACAUUUGUCAACAAGCAUCUGAACAAAGUAAAUCUUGAUGUGACUGAUCUUGAUACACAAUUUCAUGAUGGUGUUUAUCUAACUCUUUUGAUGGGCUUGUUGGAAGGUUUCUUUGUGCCUUUAUAUAGUUUUCAUUUAACACCACAAGAUUUUGAUCAAAAAGUUCAUAAUGUUGCCUUCGCCUUUGAACUUAUGCAAGAUGUGGGAUUAGCUAAGCCGAAAGCUCGACCUGAAGAUAUUGUCAACUUGGAUCUGAAAUCAACACUCAGAGUAUUAUAUAACCUUUUCACAAAAUACAAAAACUUGAGCUGAAGUUAAGCAGACUGGAGACAGUCACUGUCUAGCAUAGAAAUAAGCUUAACACUUCCGCUGCGGCAUCGGUGCAGGUGCGCAACUCUCCAGUGCGGCCCGGCAACGUGCGAGUGUGGGCCGGUAACACUCUGAAACGGCAGGUACUUUCAUGAAACUGAUUCGAAAGCUGUGCUUCCACGCUAUCAUCACUCUGCAAUUCUUCUGCAGCCUCUAAAUGAUAAUCUCUGUGGUAUGCCUCGUCCUCCCUACACAGAAAAUCACUGUCGUCUAGUACACUAAGUAACUGUUCCUCUGUCAGUUUAACACUUUUCCUGCUCCUUUUCACAUUGGAAGGUCCAGGUGUCUGUUCAUUAGUCACCAUUACGAACAAUAUAUGUUCGAUAACUGACCACACAAAGGUGUACACGCUCUCAUGCUAGCUUAGACGCUGCAACUAGACUGAGUAAUCAGACAGUGAGCGCGAACGCUUAUAAGCGUCAGCCAUACUGGCUCGUGGCCCGUUGUGACGCUUAUAAGCAUCAGCCGCAGUGAAGGUGUUAAGCCAAAAGCUUUACUAGUUGAGAUUAACUAUAAUCACGGUAAACAGAAAAUGAAUGGUUGUCAUAACAGGAACAUUAAAUACAGUAUUGUCUUCAUCAGUUUCAAAACGCAUAACUUCAUAUUUGCUUGACACCACAGAUUUAACAAAAAUGUCACCUGUGGAGCAUUGCUAUCAGCAAAAGAACCACAGCCUACCUUUUGCUGACUGUAGAUUAAAAAUGUGUCUUGUCUUCUGUAACCGGACAGUGCAUGUCUGUUCUUAGUUUAAGUCAUUAUGUGCCUUUGUUCUCCAGAAAUGUGUGUUUUUUUCCAUAUGAAUAUGUAGAGUAACCAGUGUGUUUUAGUAGUCCCUUGAUCUGCAACUUUUAUGUACAGUAGAUCACAAAAAGGAGAAUAGAAAAUAAGAAUUAAUAGGUUAGAUAAGAGUUUGACAACUCUUUUUGCAAGUUAAUUACUUGCUGUGCCGAUAAUUCUGAUCUCAGAUUGUUUGAUGUUGUCUUAAACUACAUUGUUAGACACAUUCAAUAUGUUUUAAUUAACUUCAUUACAUGUAAUUUUUUAUUUAUGUUUAAAACAAGAUUUUGGUAAUUUGUGUGUGUCGUGUGCCUUCCAUUACUUAAAAUACGAAUUAAGGUAUAAGUAAUUAAUCAGUGUGUGACAAUUGUCUUCCAUUAUUUAAAUUACAAAUUAAUGUGGAAUAAUUAAUCAGUGUGUGACAAUUGUCUUCCAUUACUUAAUAUACAAAUUAAUGUGGAAUAAUUAAUCAAUGUGUGACAAUUGUCUUCCAUUACUUAAUCUACAAAUUAAUGUAGAAAUAAUUAAUCAUCUGUUGAUCAUUCCCUUUGCAUCCCAAAACUAUGAUUUAAUGAGAUAAUGAUUGGCCACUAAAAUGGUACUACCAAUGUGAUCACUGUUUCACUGGUCUGCCAGAAUUGCAGUUAGUUUCAUUAGAUUUUGUUUACAAUAUUCUUUUCAAUCACAGAUCCUUACUAAUAAAAUGAUUGUUUGAGGUGCACUAAUAGCUUACUGCUGUCAGCUUCUGUUAUCCGCUUCUGCAGGCCAUUAAUUUGUUGGAGUUAUGUAAUCUCUUACGUAGUUGUAGUAAGACUACUGGUGCUAAACUUCGAGAGGAUGGAUAACAUGAAGAAGACAUAAAAUUAUCACUGCCAGGAAGAAAAUAUAUAUAUAUAUAUAUGUAUGUAAGGUUAGUUUGUGAAGUGCCUCUUUUUCACUGUGUCAUUUAUAUUGUGCUUCCUUUAUGCUGAUAUAAAAAUGUUUGGGAAAGAUGUCGUAUAUGAACUAGAUUCUUGCCAUAAGAAUUUGUAUUACAUUGAAAAAUCUAUAAAUGUGUGCUAAUCUAUGAAAUAUAUGUGCAGUGUUUAAUAAAAGAUUUUUAUAAGA